AUGGAAGUAAUUAAAAAAGAGAAAAAAGAUAAAGAGAAAAAGGAUAAAGAAGAGAAAAAAGAUAAAGAGAAAAAAGAUAAAUCUGAAAAAAAAGAGAAAAAAGAUAAAGAGAAAAAAGAAAAAGAAAAGAAGGAAAAGAAAGAAAAAGAAAAGGAAAAGGAAAAGGAUAAAGAAAAGGAUGGCGGUCUAUUUAGUAUUGUAGGUGGAUGGGUUGGUAACUUAACAGAACCAACACCACCUCCACCACCACCACCUUCAUCAGUAUCAGCACAAUCCACAGCAGAAGCAAAUGCAAUUUUAUUAAAUCCAACGACACAAGAGAAUCAUAAAAAAGCAAUGGAUUUCUGGGUAACGAAUACAUCAACUACAACCACAACUACAACAACAACAUCAUCAAAUAAUAUACCUUCAUUGGUAUCUGUACAAAAUAACAAUACUAGUAAUAAUAAUAUAAAUAAUAAUAAUAAAACUUCCAAUACUACUGGAAGUAAUGUAUCAUCAUCGAAUAAUAAAGAAACUGUAAAAAUAAAUGUAACUUCAUUAGAUAGCGGCGGUAAUAAUAAUGCAAGUGGUAAAGAUAUAAGUAAUGAACAUUCACCAAAAAAUAGAAAAGAAAAAGAAAAAGAAAAAGAUAAAGAUAAUAAAGAGGACUCAAUUAAUGAAUCACCAGUUGACGAGAAUAGAAGGAAAUUAGUUGAAGGAUUUAUGAAAUCACUUCAAGGAUGUAGCGAUGCAAUUAAAGUGAUAUUGGAUGUGUUUUAUCAACCAUUAAAGAAAGCAGAUUUAUUAUCACAAGAGGAAUUAAAGGCAAUUUUCUCUUUAAUUGAAUCAAUUUCAUCAUUUCAACAAACAAUUCUCAUUGACUUUAAAAAAUAUAUUAGUAAUUGGAAUUCAACUACUCAAGCGCAAUUACAUUCAACAUUUUUACAAUUUGUUGGAUAUUUAAAAUUAUAUAAAGUUUAUGGAUUACAAUAUAAUUAUAGUUUAAGUAGUUUAUGUUUAUUAAUGUUUGAUAAUCAAAGAUUUGAAAGUUUUAUAAAUAAUGCAGAGAGCAAGUUAGUUAAUGAACACAAGUAUUCAUUGGCACCAUUAGUUCCAACUUCAUCAUCAUCAUCUUGUGUUAAACCUGUAUCACUUUCAGAGAUUCUAGGUUCACAAUAUGAUCAAACUACAUCACAAUCAACAAAUAAUAGUAGUGGUAGUUCUUUCCCAGCUGUUACAUUAAGAAGAACUGGUCAUACAUUUACUGGAAUAAAUAGCGCUAACAGUAAUAAUAAUAAUAAUAAUAGUGGUGGUGGUAGUAGUGGUAUAAAUAAUAGUAAUAGUGUAACAGGUAAAUUCACACAGGAAUAUACUUAUAGUAAUUUAGCAUCACUUUUAAUAUUACCAAUUCAUUUUUUGGCAAGAUUUCAUCAAUUCUUUAAAUCUUUAAUUGAUUCAAUAGCAGUAUUAAAUCCAGAUUAUAAACCAUACAAUAAUUUAUAUAAACAAAUUGUUCAAGUUGUUAAAGAUAUUGUAAAUGAAUCUGUAAACAUUAACAAAGUUAUCUCAAUUUCAAAAUCAAUUAAAUCACCAACAAUUGGUUUAUUUAAUAGUUCAGAUAUUGUUCAAAAUAGAAAAUUUUUAAAAGAAGGUAUUUUAAUUGAACAAUUUAAUAAUCAAAGAAUUUCAUAUUAUACAUUUUUAUUUUCAGAUAUAAUAUUAUUUACAGAAAAGAUUGAAGAUACAAGUACAAUUAAUAAUAAUACAAUGAUGGCAUAUGAUGGUUCAUUUUAUUUAUUGAAAAAGUUGGAGAGAAUUGUAAAUAUUCAAGUUGAUGAUCCAGAGUUAGGAUUUGAAUAUAGAAAAGGUUUUCAAAUUAAAACUAAAGAAUCUUCAAUAUUUUAUAUGACUUCAUCAGAAAAAGAGAAAUCAACUUGGUUUCAAGUUUUAUCUCAAGCUUCUUUAAAAUCAAAUCAAAAUCAAAAUCAAAAUCAAAAUAAUUUAACCAAUUCUUAUUCCUCAACUGUAGCAGGUGGUAGAAAUAGUACAAUUGGUUUAGGCGGAAUUGAUGAUUUUAAUAAUAAUAAUAACGGUAAUAAUAACGGUAGUAAUAAUGAUGAUGGUCCAGAUGAAUUUGAAGAUGCAAAAGAUAUUGCAUUAUUUUGUAAAAUGAUAAUUAGUGGUCAAAGACCAAAGGUUGAAUUAACUUCACAAAUGUUGAAAAUAUCAGAUCCAAAACCAUUGUUUGCGGCAUUGGCAUCAACACAUUUUGUAAAUCAAUUAAUUUUCAUACCAUUGACAAUGAAUGAUAAGUAUAUGCAAAUGACAUUGGGUAUGAUGUCAUUGAAUAAGAGUAUCACUCAUUUAACAUUAUCUCAAAAUUCAAUCAAUGAUCCAUGUGCAGUUGCAUUGGGUGAUAUGUUACGUUAUAAUCAUUCAUUGAUUCAAAUGGAUUUAAGCGAGAAUACAAUAGCCGAUAAAGGUCUGAUAUCUUUGAUUGAUGGUAUUCUAUCACAUCCAUCAAUUACCGUGGUCAUUUUAACUCAGAAUCAAAUCACAGAUACUGGUGCAAAACAUAUUUCAAAACUUUUAAAAUUUAAUCAAACUUUAAAUGCCUUAUUUUUAGAAGAUAAUAAUAUCACUCAAUCAAUGGGUGCUGAAAUCAUUGAUCAAUGGGUUUCUUGUCAUAGUACAGUUUUAUCAAGAAUAACUUUACCAUCAAUACCACCAGAAUAUAGUGAUCGUAUAAAAUUAAAAGCAAUUUCAGUUACAAAUCGUUUAGAUAAAAAGAAAAAACAAUUACAAGUUAAUCAAAAAUCAACAACACCAUCAACUUCAACUUCAACAACAAGUUCAACAAUAAUAAAUAAUAAUAAAGGAUUAUUAGAUUUAGGAUCAUGUGAUUAUUCAGAAAUUUCAUUACAACUUUUAAAUAAAUUAAAUAUGUUAUCAUUGGAUAGUAGAAGAAUUUCAGAUUUAAAAGAAUUAUAUUUAGAUCAUAAUUGUAUUAGUAGUAUACCAGUUUCAAUUUUAAAGGAAUUAAAGAAUUUACAAAUUUUAGAUUUAUCAAAUAAUCAAUUGUCAUCAUUACCAAGUGAAAUUUCAGAGAUGAAAGAAUUGAAACUUUUAAAUGUUUCUCAUAAUAAUUUAUCAUCGUUACCAAUUGAACUUGGUACACUAUGUAAAUUGAAUCAUUUGGAUAUUAGUUUCAAUUUCAUUGAAACUAUAAAUGUUAAUAGUUUAUCACAAUUGGUUAAUCUAAAGGUAUUGAUGAUGCAAAGAAAUUAUUUCAAUCGUUUACCAAUUGAGAUAUUUACACGUUUAAAGAGUUUAGAAUCAUUUUCAAUUGCAGGUUCACCAUGUUUUCAUCCAAUUAAACAAAGAAUUUAUGAAGCAAUCGCUAUAAAAGCCACGAAAUUGGAUCUAUCAGAUUGUGGUCUAUCAGCAUUACCCAUUGAAAUUGGCUCAAUUUCAUCAUUGAUUGAAUUGGAUUUAACAAAUAAUCGUAUCAAAGAUUUACCACCACAAAUUGGUAAACUUUCUUCAUUGCAAACUCUAAAUCUAUCAAAUAACGCCAUAGAGUCAUUGCCUUGGCAAUUAUCACAAUUGACAACUCUAAAGGUUUUAAAUAUAACGGGUAAUCCAAUUUCAUUCGAUGGCGCUUCGAAUGCUAAAAUCUCAAUACCAGAUGUAUUGAGUGGUGAUGAUUUAAUUGGAAUUUUGAAAUACUUGAAAUUGGCAUCAACAAAGGAGAAACCAUGUAUGCGUAUGAAGUUAAUGUUGGUUGGUCAAGAGAAUGUCGGUAAAACUAGUAUUGCAAAAUGUUUAAAGAAAGAGAUUAUACCAGUGGGUAAAAAGUUACGUCAAACCAUUGGUUUGGGCACUAAGAAGAGUAAAACUCCAACACUAACCGAAGCAAAUGGUUCAAUUGAUUUCAAUGCCCCACAAUCGAUUAACCCAUUGAAUACCUCUUUAAAUAUCUCAACUGAUGGUAUCAACAUGGACGAUUGGAGACCACCCUCUGAGGAUCAAUCCCCACCAGUGACUUUUUCAAUUUGGGAUUUUGCUGGUCAAGAAGUUUACUAUUCAACUCAUCAAUUCUUUAUUAGUAGUCGUUCAGUUUUCAUUGUGGUUUUCGAUAUGUCUGUCUACAAUCCUGAUGAAACAUCACGUGUACCCUAUUGGUUACAAUGUAUCGAGGCGUUUGGUGGUAAUUCUCCAGUUAUCUUGGUGGGUACUCAUUUAGAUGAUUUACCAAAUGGUGUAGAUGUCAAUCAAAUCACUCAAGAUAUUCACAGUAAAUAUUUUACAAAGUUUCCAAACGUUAAAUUCUUUUUACCUGUAAGUUGUAAAUCUGGUAAAAACAUCAAUAAACUUCAGAAUCAUAUCGUCAAAUUGGGUAAAGCUGAAAAGAAAUUGGGUGAUCUAUUCAGUAGAAGUUAUUUCCAAUUGGAGAAUUUAAUCCUAAGUGAAAGAGAAAUGAAUACACCACCAAUCAUUACCCUAUCGGAAUUCACUGAAAUGGCUAUCUCUUGUGGUAUCCCUCAAACUUCAAUCACCGCUGCCGCUGAUUUCUUAAAGGAAUUGGGUGUAAUCGUUUAUUUCGAUGAUCCAAAGAGUGGUCUUGAUCAAUUCAUUUUCAUUGAUCCCCCUUGGUUAACACGUCUUAUGGCUACCAUUAUCACUAGUAAACCUAAUUUCGUACAAUCUGGUGUACUAGAUCAAUCAAAUCUUCAUCAAAUUUGGAAACCACCUGAUUUCCCUCAACAUCUUCAUCAUGUUUUAUUAGCAAUUUUACAAAAGUUUGAAAUUGUUCAUCCUUUACCUGAUCCAAAAGCAACCAUAUCAUCAUCAUCAUCAUCACCAUCAACCACUCAAAAAUCUUUAAAUAAUUCAGGUUCAAAUUUGAAAUCAAGUGGUAGUGCAAUAUCAACAUCAUCAUCAUCAACAACAAAUGGUAAUAAAACUUUACAUAGAACUAAUAGUACAACAAAUACAACAUCAUUAUUAAAUGUUUCAAGAUUUGGUAAUGGUUCAAUUUCAAAGGGUUCUUCAUUAAGUAUUAUAAAGAAAAUCAAUGAUCAAUCAACAUCACCAUCAAAUUCUACUACACCAUCACCAAAUACUAGUAGUAAUAAUUUCUCAGAUUCAAUAACAUUAGUUCCAAAGAGUAGCACAAAACAUUUAGUACCAAUAUUGUUGAGUGAAGAAAGACCAAAUUCAAUUGAAAAACUUUAUGAUCAAAUUCUAUUAAAGAGUCAACAACAACAACCAUUUUUAGAGAGAAUUUAUCAAUUUGAAUUCUUACCAAUUGGUUUCUUUUCAAAACUAAUGAUAAGAACAAUGCAUUUCACUACGGUUAAAGAGUUUUGGAAGAAUGGACUUUUGGUUGAAAAAGAUGAUUCUCAAUGUUUAAUUGAAAGUAUUCAACAAUUCAAUCAAAUUAACUUUAAAGCUUGGGGUAAAAAUCCUGCUUCUCUCCUUAGAUUUAUAAUUGAAACAGCUGAAGUUUUAAUAUCUGGUUGGUAUAAAUUACAUUUCCAUUUCUUGGUACCUUGUAAUUGUAUCAAUUGUAAUUCAAUUUUAAUUUCAAAUAUUGGUUCAAUUAAUAUUAUUAAUAGUACUAUAAAUUUAAGUAGUAAUAAUAAUAAUAAUGUAAAUAUUGUGAAUAUGUCGCAACAACAACAUCAUCAACAACAACAAUCACCAUCAACAUCAACAUCAUCAUCAUCAUCAUUAACAUCUUCACAACCAUCAUUAUCAACACCAUUAACAUCUUCACAACCAUCAUUAUCAACAUCACAACCACAAUUAUCAACAACAACAACAACAACAGCAACAACAACAACAUCAUCUUCAUCGCAAUCUUUAGCAUCACAACAAUCAUCUUCACAAAUACAAUUAACACAUUCAAGUUCAUUAUCAUCAAUGAGUGGUAGUAUUUCAACAAAUUCAUUAAAUUCAAAUGUUUCAAGUUCAUCAUCAACUCCAUCAUUAUUAUCACCACCAUUAUUAAAUCCAGAUUCAACUUCAUCAUCAAAUGAAACUUCAGGUGAUAUUUUAGAUUUAGAUUUUGCAGAUUAUUACGAUGGUGAAAGUGUUUCACCUGGUGGUACAUUAAAAGGAAAGAGAAAGAAGAAUCCUUCUAAAUUCUUAACACUCUAUAGAAAUACUAAUAAACCAAAAAUCAAUGGUACAACCGGUAGUGGUAGUAGUAGUUCAAUAGUGACCACUGCUGUUUCAUCCUCUUCCUCCUCCUCUUCAUCUACUUCACUAUCAAACACUUCAUCAAGACAACUUGAUUUAUCAAAAAUUUCACAUUUAAUUAAUCAACAACUUUCAUUUGGUCCUUCUAAAACUCAAGAUUUACGUACAAUGUUUUUAUAUGAAGAGAUUGAACGUAUCUUCUUAUCAAAGAAAUUCGAGGUUGUUUGUCGUAGUUCCAUCACUGGUGAAGAGACUAUAGUUCGUUUAGAUUCACUCGUACCUGAAUUAAUGAUGUCUGAUAUUGGUCCAAACUUUACCCUAGAAUAUAAAGAUCUUGAAAUCAUUGAAAAAGUUGGUGAAGGUGGUUUUGGUAUAGUUUACAAAGGCAAACUUCGUGGUCAACUUGUGGCAAUUAAACAAAUCACAAUUGAUAGUGGCCAAGCUGAAGCUGCCUCUGAAAUUUAUCGUGAAUUUAGACGUGAAGUUUGGUUAUCAAACACCCUAACUCAUCCAAGUAUAGUUUCUUUGAAAGGUUAUUGUUUGGAUCCAUGUUGUAUCGUUAUGGAGUACAUACCAAAUGGAACAUUGUAUAGUCAUCUAAGAAAGAGUUUCUCCUCAAUCACUUGGCAAUUGAAAUUGAAAAUCGCAAUCAACAUUGCCGAUGCCAUUAAACAUAUGCAUGGUUUCACUCCAAAGAUUUGUCAUCGUGAUUUGAAAUCCCCAAAUAUUUUAAUGCUUUCCGAUAUGAAUGCUGCUGUGGUUUGCAAGGUCUCUGAUUUUGGUGAAACUAGAGCUGUCGUUACAAGUGCCCUCGGUCGUGAUAAACUUUCGAAUCCAAUUUGGUUAUCUCCUGAAAUCAUGAGGGGUGAUGAGUAUACUGAAAAGGCUGAUGUCUACAGUUUCGGUAUUGUACUAUGGGAAAUUUUAACUGGUUUACUUCCAUUUGAUGAAUAUCCUGUCGCUCAUUCCUCUUUUAUGUAUCAAUUAGAAGAUGAAAUCACUAACGGUCUAAGACCAACAAUUCCUCAAAACUCUGUUUGUGGUCAUCCUGACUUUAUCACUUUAAUCACUGAUUGUUGGCAAAAUGAUCCACUUAAAAGACCAACCUUUAUUGAUAUUCAUUCAAGAUUAUUAAUAAUGUCUGGUUUAAAUCCUGCAACUGCAACAACAACAAAUUCUGCCAAGUCUACAAUCUCUACUGGUUUUAACUCAAAUUCAGGUGCAACAACAACAACAAAACCAAAAUCUUCAACCAUAAGUAGUGGCAGUGGUACAACCUCACCACCUCAACCUCAUCCACAACUAGUUAGAAAAUUAACUCAAAAUUUCACACCAAUAGCAACUUCACCUACUCCUUCAGUUAUUGUAUCAUCAGUUCCAACUACUACUACAACAACAACAACAUCAGUUGCAACUACACCAACAGUUCAAACUAUCUUAGCUGGUGGAAAUAUUACACCAAAACCAUCAGUUCCAACUGCAAUGAAACCAAAUAUUACACCAAAGCCAACAUUAAUUUCUUCUCAAAAACCACCAGCACCAAAUCCAGUACCAAUCUUAAAAACACCAACUCCAACAAAUCUAUCACCAACCUCAAUUUCAACUCCAACUACUCCAACAACUCCAACAACUCCAACUACUCCAACAACUCCAACAAAUUCAACAUCAUCAAAUUUGAAACCAACUCCAACCUCAAAAUCAAACCCAUCAUCACCACCUCAAAUAGCAACAACAGCAACAGCAACUCAAACCCCAACUCCAAGUCCAAUUUCAGUAUUGAAACCACCAAGAUCAUUACCUCAAAAACCUGUAGGAACAACCCAAACUACUUCAACUCCACCAACAAAUCAAACUCCAAACCCAACUAUUGUUACACGUCCACCAUUACCAUCAAGUCUAUCAUCAAAUAGUAUCAACAAACCACCCUCAAAACCAUUACCAACUCCAGGAGGUGUUACUUCACCACCCCCACCUCCAACAACAUCAUCAACAACACCAAUUAAAUUUAAUUCCAUAUCUGCUGGUAACAAAACAAUUGGACAAUCAAGUACAUUACCAUCUUCAACACUCAAACAAUUUACAGCAAAUAACAAUACAUCACCUUCUGGCUCAUCAUCUCUUCCAAACUCUACAGUUUCAUCUCCCUCAAGUAGCUUUUUAUUAAGACCAACUGGCGGAACUAUUUCUAAAAAAUUACCAGCAAUUCCAAAGUAA